AUGUCAUCCGAAGCGCAGCCCAUCCCCGCCGAAGUGUUCGCCGAAGCAAUCAAGAGCCUCCCGCUCUCAUCGCUCUAUGCCAAAGUCUCCGAACUGCGCAAUUCCAUAGCUCACCUCAGUCGCUCCAACGAAGAGCUUAGGACGUAUAUCCGAGAGUCAGAAGAUGGGCCGGAUUCGCCCGAUAACAAGGAACUCGAAAACUACGUCCUUGAAAACGAGGCUGUGAUGCAAGCUAUGGCGCAACGGAUAGGCUUGCUGAAAGCUGAGGUAGAGGACAGAGGCCAGCAGUGGAUGGAGGAGGUUCUCGCAGAUGAUGAGGCCGGUGCAGCAGAAGAAUUAACACCCAACGGCGUAUUACAUGAGACAGACGCUGGGCAUGUGAACGGAGCGCCGACUCCCUCGGGUCAUCAGCAUGAAGAUAGUGACGGGGAUGACGAAGGCAUUCACCUAUGA